UUCUUUCACCAUGCUGCAGAUCGGAGAUGAGGUGGUGUAUUUCUCAGUGGUGUUUCUGCUGGUUGUACUGGUAACUAGAAGCGCCACUUGGGCCACCCUCCUCACCGCGUUUCUCUACAUCUUCAUGGUGAUGUUCCGCUUCCCUCCGGUGCCGGCGGACCGGGCCGCUCGAGUCCUGCGGCCCGGCGCUCUCUCCUCAAGCGGCGGCGUCCCGGUGGUGGCGCACCGCGGAGGAAGCCACGACGCUCCGGAGAACACCUUGGCAGCGAUCAGAGAGGCUAGUAGGAACGGGGCCACCGGAGUGGAACUGGACCUGAGUUUCACAGCCGACGGAGUCCCAGUCCUGAUGCAUGAUGAGACCGUGGACCGAACCACCAAUGGGUCUGGACCAAUCAGCAAACUUCAGUUUGUUCAGCUCAGGAGACUCAAUGCUGCUGCUCACCACAGGAUGAAGGACAGAUUUAAUGUAGAGAAGGUUCCAACUCUGCAGGAAGCUGUGGAGGAAUGCAUCAGGCACCAGCUGACCAUCUUCUUUGAUGUCAAAGGUCAACCUGAUAUGGCUGUAUCAGUGCUUCAUAACAUGUUUAAGAAGUUCCCGGUACUUUACAACUCCAGCGUCGUUUCCUCCUUUGAACCCAAAGCCAUCUACAAGAUGCGUCAGACUGACCCCCACGUGAUCACAGCUCUCACCCACCGGCCCUGGAGACUGAGCCGUUUUGGAGACGGCACGCCUCGUUCUCUGUCGACGUGGAGCCAGUUGUGGACCGGUGUUCUGGACGUCUUGUUGGACUGGGCCCACCAUCGCGUACUGUGGAAACUUUGUGGGAUCUCUGCCAUUCUUGUGCAGAAAGACUUCAUCUCACGGGACUAUGUUCAGUAUUGGGCAGAGCGAGGAGUGGAGGUGGUGGGCUGGACUGUUAACACUGCUGUGGAGAAGGAGUACUACCAAAACCUGCUGAAGAUCAGCUACAUGACUGACAGUCUGCUGGAGGACUGUGAUCCUCAUUAUUGAGGAAAUCUUCCAGACUUACAGGUUCUCAAUAUAACCAAAUUAGAUCUUAGAAACUCGUUGGUUUGACAAAGGUUAUAAUUAAGAAGUGCAAUCAUUCAUUUCUACUCCUGCGUACAAGUAAAUAAAAA